GCCCCACACACACUGAUGAGAGGGCGAUGCGCAGGCGAUCAUCAAAACCUAAAACCUCAGCACCUCGCUUACAAAAUAAGCGGGUUUUAGUGGCGAGAGCUACUGGCUGUAUUAUUCAACAAUUAGGGACGCGGGCGCCCUUUCGAUUUGAUUAAUGACAGAUAUAUCGACAAUAUCAGACGCCGGAUACCACUGCCGAGGAAUUGUUUGAUAUAUUUUGGAAUCAUUAUUUGACCAGACUGAAAGCAGAAUAUUUAGAAUAUUAUGGCACCAGCCCGUUGGCGGCCAUAGAUCUAGAGCAGAGCGUAUUCUGAGGCCCAUGUCUCUUCUCUGGAAGCCCUAGCACCAGUGUCCCUCUCCUCCUCUUCUGUUGGUGGUAGCUUCCCUUGUAGGACCAUGUCGGCAGCACAGACUCAGAAGGACGGUGAAGGCCCGUGGGGACUGGAUUCCCUGGGCCUUAGCCAGAGAGAGUUGGUAAUGGCUGAAGCUCUACAGAUGGAGUAUGAUGCCCUGUCAAGACUUAAACAGGACAAGGGGGGGGACAGCCAGGGGACCAGCAGCCAGGGGAUUGGGAAGUUACCUACGCUACCCCCUAGGGAGGGCCAGAGCCAGAUCGAUCGCCCCCUCCCACCCUGCCCCAGCCCUCUUCCUCCAGGAGAGAGUUUGCUAAGAGGGCUGUCUGGUUCGGACCCAUUCCUCAACCACCUCCAGCCUGGGGGGUCCCACUCCCCACGGCCCUCCCCAUCCAGGGCCACUCCUCCUCUGGGAAGCUACAGCAAAGAGCCCCUCUAUAUCCUGGAGAGUUCAGGGAAGGGGGACUACCUGAACUCCAGCUAUGGGCACUCAGGGUCUAGCUAUGGUUCUCCUCUGACUCUGCUUAAAGGCUUCCCCCCUCCUCCGGAUGACCCUCCUCCUGCUGUACCCCCAAGGACCCCUCUACCCCCCUCCACUGAGCCCUUCCUGCCUCCCCGACGCACUGUGGCGCCCCGGGAUGUCAACCUGUUCACCCCUGAGGUAGACCAGCCCAAACUGUCAUCAGGGGAGAUGCUCAACUACGAGAGCCUCAACGACGCCCUCUCCAAGCUCAAUGGGGAUUGGCUGGCGCCAAGGGGUAGGCGGGCCAACGGGGAUCAAUCAGGGAAGCCGGUGGCUCGGAGUAAGACUCUCCCCCCUCAGGUGCCCCCCCGCACUUACGUACCUAUCCAAAAGAGCAACAAGAACCAGCGCAGAGUGUCGGCCGACCCGGUGUCUCUGGGCCCCAGGCUUAAUGGUUUUGGCUAUGAGCUCUUCCAGGUGUCAGAGGAAAGAGAUGAGGAGGUGGCCGCCUUCUGUCACAUGCUCGACGUGUUGCGGUCGGCGUAUCCAAGCAGCGACCGCUCUAAGAACUCUGGGUUUGUGUGGUCGCCUUCAGUGGGGCCUGAAGAGUUGCAACAGGGGUUAGGGGUCAGCGUCAAAGUUACGGUCAUCAGCGACCACGUCAGAGAACCACUCACCUUCACCUGUGAUGGGUCAUCUACGGUAGACUUGUUGAUCUACCAGACGUUGUGUUAUGCUAAUGAAGACCUGGACCACAUCGAUGUCGACCACUACCUGCUCAAAGUCUGCGGUCAAGCUGAGUUCCUAGAGAAUUCCCAGACGUUGGCAGAGUUGGAGUAUAUCCAGCUGUGUCUGAAGUUUGACUGGGACAUCCGUCUCUUCCUCACCAAGAGAGGCUCUGUCAACACAGAACUGGGCCGCACGGAGGAUGAUGAUGACACGCCCUCUACGAUGAACCACGGCAUUCUGCUGCAGGAACGUCCAAUCAGACAGACCGUUACUAGAGAGGCUUUGACUUUGCUCCUGGAUACCUUUCACAACGAGGCUGAGUCCUUUCUACUAUCAGAGGUGGAGCUUGUGUUGCAUGUGGAACGGUUGGUCCAAUCAGUGAAGGCUCUCUGCAGCUCGCUGGCUGCCGUAGAAACGCCUGACAUCACUUCCGCCCUCAACCAGCUCCCAGCAUGCCCCUGUCGUCUGCAGCCUAGAGUCCAGAAGGAUCCGUCACUGCUGGCCAUCAAAGAGAACAGAGAGAAAGUGGUGGAGAAGCUGACGGCAGCCAUUUUGGAUCUGGUGGAGCUGUACUGUAGCACGUUCAAUGCUAACUUCCACACCACGGUGCAGAGCAACCGGCACACAGCACCCACACAGGAAGCAGGCCUGGUCACCAACGUCCUGUCUUUCAGCGUCUACGCUGCUCAUCGCAUCCCCAUCACAUGGGCUGCCAGCUACGAGGGCUUCUUCCUGUCAUGUUCUCUGACCCAUGGAGGGGCGGAACUUUGUGCCCCACAGCAUACCAGCAAACAGCAGGUCAGCAAGUACCUGUUUCACCUGGUGGUCUGGGACCAGAGGGUGUGUUUCCCAGUGCAGAUUAACCAGUUGCCAAGGGAGACCCAGCUGACGGUGACUCUGUAUGCCAGCGCUCUGCCACCCCCUGGAGGUGCGGAGGAGAAGGGCAGCAAGCAGCGGCGGAGCAUCGACUCUCUGGGCUGGGUCACCAUGCCCCUCUUCAACUUCAGACACAUCCUGACGUGUGGGAGGAAGCUACUGGGUCUGUGGCCUUCCACCCCAGGAAGUAACACUCGCUCCAGCUCCCCCAACUUCAGCCAGCCUGACAGCGUCAUCCUGCAGGUGGACUUUCCCACGUCGUCGUUUGAGGUGCGCUUUAGCACCCCCCCUCCCGCAGAGUUCAGUCCCCAGUAUGACUUCUCCAGACUGGACCAGCACAGCCAGAGACAACUGCAGGAUGUACUGCACAAGAAAUCACUCUUCUGGUUGACUCCAGAGGACAAGCGUCUGUUGUGGGAGAAGCGUUCAUUCUGCCAGUCAGAGAGUGGUGCUCUGCCCCUGGUGCUGGCUAGUGCCCCCCGCUGGGAGUGGGCAUGUCUGUCAGACAUCUAUGCCCUGCUCCGCCAGUGGGCAUGUCUCAACCACCACGACGCACUGGGCCUUUUGCAUGCCACCUUCCCUGAUCAGGAGCUGAGGCGUACUGCAGUUCAGUGGAUGGACUCCAUCUCUGACCCUGAGCUACUGGACUUCCUGCCGCAGCUGGUGCAGGCUCUGAAAUAUGAGUGUUACCUGGAUAGCCCGUUGGUACGUUUCCUGCUACGGAGAGCCAUAGGGGACAUGCGCAUCGCACACUACCUUUUCUGGUUGUUGAAGGACACUCUGCAGGACAGUCAGUUCAGUGGGAGGUACCAGCACCUGUUAGCAGGCCUGCUGUGCUGUGUGGGUCGGGGUCUCCGAGAGGAGUUUGACAGACAGUGCUGGCUGGUCACCAUCCUGGCUAAAGUAGCCCAACGUGUCCGGGACGCCUCUCCCUCCAGCAGACAGGCCAUCCUUCGGGAGGGACUGGAGGAGGUCAGGCAGUUCUUCUCAGUCAGUAGCAGCUGCCGUCUCCCCCUCAACCCUGGCAUGCUGGUCAAAGCCAUCAACAUACAGUCGUGUUCCUACUUCAACUCCAAUGCCGUGCCCCUCAAACUGUCCUUCCAGAACCUGGACCCUCGAGGAGACAACAUCAACGUCAUCUUCAAGUCAGGUGACGACCUGCGCCAGGACAUGCUGACCUUGCAGAUCAUCCGCAUCAUGAACAAGAUCUGGAUCCAGGAGGGACUGGACAUGAGGAUGGUCAUCUUCAGAUGCUUCUCUACUGGACGAGGCAGAGGUAUGGUGGAGAUGAUUCCCCAGGCGGAGACUCUGAGGAAGAUCCAGGGGGAACAUGGAGUGACUGGUUCCUUUAAGGACCGCCCCCUGGCUGACUGGCUACAGAAACACAACCCUACAGAGGACGAGUACGAGAAGGCUGUGGAGAACUUCAUUUACUCGUGCGCAGGCUGCUGCGUGGCCACCUACAUCUUGGGUAUCUGUGACCGCCACAAUGACAACAUCAUGCUGAAGACCAGCGGUCACAUGUUCCACAUCGACUUCGGCAAGUUCCUGGGACAUGCACAAAUGUUUGGCAACAUCAAACGGGACCGUGCUCCGUUUGUGUUCACCUCUGACAUGGCCUAUGUCAUCAACGGAGGAGACAAACCUUCCAGUCGCUUCCAUGACUUUGUGGACCUGUGCUGUGAGGCCUACAACCUCAUCCGCAAACACGCACACCUCUUCCUCAACCUACUGGGACUGAUGUUGUCAUGUGGCAUCCCUGAGCUGUCCGACCUGGAUGAUCUGAAGUACGUCUACGAUGCGCUGAGACCUCACGAGUCUGAGGCUGACGCCACCAUGUACUUCACCAGGUUGAUAGAGUCCAGUCUGGGCAGUGUUGCCACUAAGUUGAACUUCUUCAUCCAUAACUUGGCUCAGAUGAAGUUUGCCUCAUCCGAGGAGCGUCCUGUGCUCUCCUUCGCCCCACGGGUUUACACCCUCAAGACUGACGGACUCAUCCGCAACCUCUUUGUCUGCCGACACAUACGAACCUACAGCCCCAGCAAAGGAUACGCGUUUGUGGUGAAGGUGGAGCGGGAAGGCCAGCAGGGGUCAGUGUUGGUCCAGAGGAGCUUUGAGGAGUUCUAUGAACUACACAGUAAACUACGCCUCAUCUUCCCCUCAUCCAAACUACCCAGUUUCCCCAGCCGCUUUUUGAUUGGGCGGUCUCGAGGAGAGGCGAUGGCUGACAGGAGGAAAGAUGAGCUGAACGGAUACGUCUGGCAUCUGGUGCAUGCUGCGCCAGAGGUUGCCCAGUGUGACCUCAUCUACACUUUCUUCCAUCCUCUGCAAAGAGACGAGAAACCUGGAACAGUGGUGAACACACUGCAGAGCAAACCUGCAGAGAUCUGUUGGGGUCCAGUCUCAGGCAAAGUGGUAGGAGAGGUCAAGCUCUCCAUCUCCUAUAAGAGUGACAAGCUCUUCAUCAUGGUCAUGCACAUACGAGGCCUGCAACCCUUGCAGGAUGGGACAGACCCUGACCCCUACGUCAAGCUGUACCUCCUCCCAGACCCCCAGAAAACCGGAAAGAGGAAGACCAAGGCUGCGCGACGCACCUGCAACCCCACCUACAACGAGAUGCUGGUGUAUGACCGUAUCCCUCGCGGGGACCUGCAGCAGAGGGUGAUCCACCUGCGGGUGCUGGGGGAGGGUGCGUUCUGGGAAAACACCCUGCUGGGCGAGGCCUUCAUCCCCCUGAAGACCCUGACAGCCGGGCAGUGCUGGGCAGACUGGCACCAGCUGGGCACUCCCAGCACCGACUCCACACGCUGAGAGAAUGAGAGACGGAGGUGGAGGGUGAGAGGGAGAGAGGAAUGACUGAUCAGGUUGUGCGUGCACACAGGUGUACGUGAGUUUGUUCAGUUGUUAUGGUCAGAGUUGUCCAGUUUCUCGGGCUGGUUUAUUCCCCCAGUGGGGGUGUGUGUGGACCCGUAUCCUGUGUGUGGAUCCGUAUCCUGUGUGUGGACCCGUAUCCUGUGUGUGGACCCGUAUCCUGUAUGUGGACCCGUAUCCUGUGUGUGGACCCGUAUCCUGUGUGUGGACCGGUAUCCCAGGUGGGAUGGGUGUGUCCUAUGUAGGUUUGAGGUGUGUUUGUGUGUGUCUGUAGACUCAUUGACUCAUUUGCUCCCGAGUGGCGCAGCGGUCUAAGGCACUGCAGCUCAGUGCAAGAGGCGUCACUACGGUGCCUGGUUUGAAUCCAGGCUUGUAUCACAUCCGGCCAUGAUUGAGAGACCCAUAGGGCGGCGCGCAGUUGGCCCAGCGUUGGCCGGGGUAGGCCGUCAUUGUAAAUAAGAAUUUGAUCUUAACUGACUUGCCUAGUUAAAUGAAGGUUAAAUGAAAAAAUAUAUCUAAUUGACGGUCAAUCGUCACUGGACACUGUAUCCAUGGGACUGUACUGGACUGUAUGGACCUACUUUAAGACUCUCUGAUCACCAUAAGAAGGGAUAACUGGAGCAUGUGACAAUAAGUGAAGAUAACCACUCUGUUCUUCUCGGUGACUCUGACUUCCAGAAGACUUUUCUCUGGUAACAACAUGGCCUCCGAAGACCAGGCAGCACAGAGGACCAGUGGGAGGAAGCAGAGGGCAUUGUUACUCUGUGAAAACAUGGACCGCAUCUUUCCCCUCUAUCUAGGGCCAAUGGAGAGACGAAAAGACUGAAACGGGUGUAGUCCCCUCCAAAGUCGUGUCUUUUAAAAGAGAACCUUAAGUUAUUUAUUUUUCAAGCAUUACCCUUCUGUUAGUGCAGCUCCAUUUCGAGCUAUGUUUGGUUGUGUGGUGUGUGUAUAUAUAUGAUUUUGAUUUCUGUGUGUACCCCAGAUUUAUGCAGAUCGUGAUAUGUGAAUUAUGUUGGAUCCAGUCUUUCUGAUUUGAGAGAGAGAGAGAGGGCGUAGAUGCUUUUGUAUCGUUGUGGGGUAGAGAUGUACAGUACCAACCGGACCUGCCUAUGGUUUGGGUCCACCCUAACACAUUAAAGACUCACGUGACUUUAGUCCACUCAGCCUGAUUCAGUAGCUACUCUACUGUAGAACUUGUUGGAGUGUGCGCUGGUUUGAGUGUGUGUGUGUUUGUGUCUCCCACUGUUGACUAGCUGUUGUAAUCCAAGCCUUACCUAAGCUUAAUUUUGCCAUUUGACGAUAAUUGACACAGGCCGCUAAUUGAAUUUUAAAUGUAGUACUGUGCGUUGACAUAACAAAGUUGUCUUAAUGGGAGAAUCCUCAAAUCUCAAACGUUUGUUCAAAAAUGUUUCUCAUAUCAAUGCCUUUAGAAUAUUUUGUUGUUGUUGUUGCAUGAGUGCUUCUACGCAACACAUACGUGUAUGUCUACGUGGGGAAAAUCAAACGAUUUGCUGGCGUCACAGAUAAACUGCCUGAGCAAAGAAAUGCUCUUUCAGACACUAAACUCUCACGCCAUUCGACUGUAUGCAGUGGAAAUGUUUCACUUGGUUUUAUUUCUCAUGCAUUUUGAACUUACAUUUGACUUUCGUGGCUUUUUCAAACCACAAAAGGAUCCUGCUCAUGUCUUAUACAGUACUGUAGCUAUAAGAGGGGAAAAAAACGGAACAACGACAGAAGUGCUGAUGAAGCAAAUCAAAGAUUUGACUACGUGUACAUUGCUCAACUCAUUUGUGUCUUUCCUUGGAAGAUACUCAGUGAUUUGAUAGUUUGCCAUUUUUGGCAUUGAUCUCUCACUCUCAUUUUCUUGUGUAAGAGCUGGACACACUGUCCUUGUUUCACUGGCAGGCAGACACUGUGACCUUUCGCAAUGCAAAAUGGCCAUUUUCAGUGGAAAAAUCUGCUUGUGGGCAGAGUUGUUGCUAUUGAGAGGGGAAUGUCAAGGUUAACUCAUGAAUUGAGCAAGAAGGGUUGACCUGUAAAAAAUAUAAAUAACUAGGACAAGGUUUAUUCCUGGUCAGGAAAAAACAAUUCCUGGUGAUAUAUGGUUAAUCGGUGAAGGAAGUUUCUAUAACAGAGCAGCUAUCGGUAAGAUAAGGACAUCUUGGUGUCCGAUGUUUUCAGAUCACAAUACAAUUACAGACGAAUACAGGUUAAGGCUGGCUUUCUAAGGUGCUGAAAUGUAACACGUAUUUGUUUGGAUCAUUAAACAUACCAGCAUCCAUUGCAAGGAAAUAUUUAGAUACUAUUUGUUUUGGUUUGGUUGCAUAGGCUUUGACAUAACAUACAAUUCACCAGCCCUGUUUUAAAAGCAUUGAUCUUUUUUUUACAAAAUCUCUGAAAAUGUUUCUUCAUUCAGGAUUCAGAAAGAGUAGCUACAUUACUGUUUUAGAAAAAGGGUAGCAGUUUGAACAGGUGUGUAUUAGAAAUGACAAGAGGAGCUCUUCGACUAAAGGUUAGCCUAUCUGAGGCUGAAGUGCAGUAAUCACAUGGCACCAGUAUGCUUAACCCGAACCAACCAGUUUAACCACUGCUCUCAUUCUAAAAACACAACACUUUAUAUUUGACUGCCCUUUGAAUGUGUCUGGUGGAUAUUUACAUAUUUUGUUUGAUUUCUAGAACAGGAAGAAUAUUCCCUGGGGGUGUUUCACUACAGCCUGAAUGGCUGUAAUGUGGCUAUAGGCUCUUAGUGUGACAUUUUUUAAUUAUUGAAAGAUUACUUUCUCCAUAUUGAGUGUUGGUAUUUGUUUUGUGCUAAAAGGCUGAUGACCGAUAUUAAAGUGAUUUUAUUUUUUCCUUGUGUCAGUUGUACCACUUUGGGGAGAAGGAGGGAUACCAUAUGGCUUCCUUCUCUAUGUCUCUUUUUCCUGGGUCUUGACACUCUAGCUAAGAGUAGAGUCAAAUAUGGAUCCCUAUGCAGUAUAGGGCUCUGGUUAAAGGUUUUAUGAUAGAAAUGUUGCUCUUGCAUAACAGACCAGUGAUUACGAAUGGAAGGAGACCAGGACAGGGGUUAAUUGGAAGGAAUUGGGACUCCCAAACCAAGCACCUACCUGCUAAGUACCAAGUGUAAAUCUGAAAAGAAUGUAUAGGUCUGAGCAAUAUAGUGAAAAUUCUACCAGAAGGUACCUCUCUAGUUCUUUCAGAUCUACGUGAAGUGCCAAGGGGUAGGGGCUAGGGGUCAAUUUGGGACUGGGCAAGAGUUUGACCUGAGUCCUUCCAGGUCAGCGCCAAGGGACUGAACUCUGACCUCUAUGGAAUGCUGGGAAAACGGGACAGAAUGUAAGUUCAAAAUGAACUGGAUCUUGUGUACUGUAAAUACUGAGAAUAUCAUUAAUGUGAUUUCUUUCUUUUAUUCAGGAUAUAGUUUUACCCCACUUCUUAUUCUUUAGAUUUUAAAAUUGUAUUGCAUUUUCUUAUUUUUUGACCAUGUUUUGUAAUAUUGUUUGCACUAAAUAAUAACAAAAUAAACUUGAAUCUAAAAGG